AUGAAAUUCGCAGCAGAGGAGUCGGUGUCUCUGAGGAAGCUCUUGAGAAACAGAACGACCCAACAGAAUUUCUUUCUAAGAAUGGAAAAGUUCAGAAAUAUGCUGUUCAAAAGGCGCUCUCUAGUGCUUUUAAGAAGAUUUUAUUGGUAG